AUGCCCAUGCAUAGAGUUGAUUGUGCUAGGUGUAAUGAUCCUCAUGAAUCCAUAAUGCAUGCUUUGAUUCUCUGCCCUUUUGUUAGCAGAGUCUGGUUCCUCUCUGAUUUCUGCAUUAAUACUCAUUUUUUUCUAAACAAAACUUUCAUUGAAUGGUUAAUGUUUUGGCUAACUGACCAUGGAUCUAGUCUUCCUGAUGAGGCUCAAUAUUUUUUUGUUACUAUCUUGUGGUCUCUCUGGACCAGCAAGACUAAUUUCAUCUUUCAAAAUUUGAAAGAAACUCAUGUUAUUGUCUUAGAAAGAGCCAGGGCCAUGCUACUAACUAGGAAACCCUGUUUUACUUUCUCUCCUACUACACCUGUCAAUUUAUGUAAUAAAUGGAUGCCCCCCUCUUUUGGAUGGAUAAAGUGUAAUAUUGAUGGUGCCUAUGAUGACAUUACUGGAGCUAAUGGUGCAGGAUAUGUGAUGAGGGAUUUCUCAAGCAAAGCCUCCUUUUGUGCUUCCCUGGUUUUUGAAGUUAUGUCUGCAGAAGAAGCUGAAGCCAGAGCUAUUUGGGCAGUCCUAAAGAAAUCCUUGGAACAGAAGUUAACACACAUCAUUAUUGAAAGUGACGCGAAGAAUAUCAUUGAACAAUUUUCAGCUGGCUUGUUCGAUGGAGAUGUUCGUACGGAUGUUAUCUUUAAAGAUGUUCAAUUAUUUUCUUCCAAAUUAGUAGCUUGUGUCUUUAAUUUUCAACCUCGUAUUUGUAAUUCUGUAGCUCAUGAGUUAGCUCAGUGGACAAAAACAGAUAAAUCUUCCAUGUACUGGUCUGUGCCUCCUGUUUGGUUAUCACCAACAGUUGAUGGGAAUCAUAAGCCUUUCUGA